GUUCCCCAUCCUCUUGAGAUUCAUCUGGAAAGAAUCUGAAAGUGAGGCAUCUUGUCUAUGAUGAUCAUGCUACAUUCCCUCUGUAGUCCUCUGAAAAGGAGAUGAAUCUUAUGUUUUGGGCAUCUGUACAAAGAUGGGAGGAAUUUCCUUGUCUUCUAUAGGUGCCUUUCUGUUGAUCAAAGCAGCAGCUUAGCUGGGUAUUAAUGAGAUGAAGCCCAGUGCUGGUGUCAGGAAGAACACCCUGGUGUGUAGACAGAGAUGAGUGUAUCGCCGGUAGCUCUUGCUCGUAUUUAUGAAGAAGACUUUAAACAAGAUAUGGCUGCCUUGAAGGUCCUUCCUCCUACGGUAUAUAUGAGAGUGACUGAAAACAUCCCUCAGAUAGUUUCCUUUAUAAAAAGAAUAAUUGCUAGUGGACAAGCUUAUGCAACCUCAGAAGGCAAUGUUUAUUUUGAUGUUAAGUCUUGGGGGAAAAGAUACGGAGUGUUAACUACUAUUUAUCCUGACACAGAAGAUGAAGUAGUCGAUACUGAUAAACGACACGAUAAAGAUUUUGCCCUGUGGAAGGCUGCCAAACCUCAAGAGCUAUCUUGGGCUUCUCCCUGGGGAAGAGGAAGACCUGGAUGGCACAUUGAGUGCUCCACAAUAGCAAGUGCAGUGUUUGGAAAGCAUCUGGACAUCCAUACUGGUGGAAUAGAUCUAGCAUUUCCUCAUCAUGAAAAUGAAAUUGCACAGUGUGAGGUGUAUCAUCAAUGUGAGCAAUGGGGAAAUUAUUUUUUGCAUUCUGGGCAUUUGCAUGUUAAAGGAAGUCAAGAAAAAAUGUCCAAAUCAUUAAAAAACUACAUAACAAUUAAGGAUUUUCUUCAGAAAUUUUCAUCCGAUGAAUUCAGGAUGUUUUGUUUGCGCAGCAGAUACAGCUCAGCAGUAGAAUUUAGUGACGAGACCAUGAAUGAUGCAAAGCACCUUCUUCAGACAAUCUCCUCUUUUAUUAAAGAUGCAAAUGCUUAUAUAAAAGGACAGCUGGUAUGUGACCCUGUUAGGGAAGACGUACUGUGGGAAAGGCUAGCCAGCACAAAAGUAAAUGUGAAGGCUGCAUUUGCAGAUGACUUUGACACCUCCAGGGCUGUUGCGGCAAUUAUGGACCUCAUUCACCAUGGCAACAGACAGCUUAAGGCUGUUACUAAGGAAGCUGGAUCUCCUAGAAGCUCUGUUGUGUAUGGAAGCAUGAUUUCGUACGUAGAGGGCUUUUUUAAUGCCCUUGGAAUGUCCCUUGGAGAAAAACAGGUUACUCUGGAAGGAAGAAAUUCAGCUAUGCUCUCUAAUGUGAUUGAUGAGCUUGUAAACUUCCGUAUGAAGGUGCGUAAUUACGCUCUUGCUCUGCCUGAAGCAACAGAAACUACACAAAUGGAAGGUGCCAUGGGAUCAAAAGGACCAGAACAAGAACAGAAGGAAAAGAGACAGCAAUUAAUGCAGGAGAGAAAACCCCUCCUGGAGGCUUGUGACAAUCUACGUCGAGACCUUGCUGCCUUUGGAAUCCAUAUAAAGGACAGAACUGCUGUUUCAACCUGGGAAAUUGUGGAAGGAGGACAAGUAGAGCAGAAGAAUCAGAAAAAAAGCUGAUCCUUCACCACU